AUGUUGCUAUUCUGCCCUCAAUGCUCCAACUCGCUUACGGUUUCGCGAUCCCCAGAAACCGGUACCAAUCGUCUCGAGUGUCGCACUUGCCCAUACCAAUUCAUCCUCACGCGAAAAUACUAUGAGCGCAAGCCCAUGAAGCGGAAGGAAGUCGACGAUGUUAUGGGCGGAGAGGGCGCUUGGGAUAACGUUGACCAGACAGAAGCGCAAUGCCCGAGCGAGGACUGUACAGGAACAAAGGCAUACUUCUACAUGGUGCAAAUUAGAAGCGCUGAUGAGCCGAUGACGGCGUUCUUCAAGUGCGUUACAUGCGGUCACAAAUGGAAGGAGAACUGA